AUCAAGCAAAGGCAACAGCAGCAGCGCAGAGCUCACUCGGUUAGCAGCACAGGUUCAAAGUAGCGAGUGCAGAAGAGGGUGCGAAAAAUCUUUAUCUUUAGCUAAUCGGAGAAACACGCAAUAGAAAAAAAGCAGUGCUCGUUCGUGAAUUUGUGGAUUUUUCGCGUGUGAUAUCCUCCCGGAGUGGAGCGAAACCGUGGACGCGAGUGUGCCGUUCCGAAAUUUUCCUUUUGCGUUCGACUGGGAGCUGCAAAAAAAAAAUCCGGAUAUACCUCCAGCAGUGAAGUUUAAAAUCGUUCAGUUCCGUCGCAGGAGAAAACGGGGCGUUUACGUGGUGUUCCGUUCCGUGUUGUGCACUGGGUAGUGAGGUUUCGACCAACAGGAGGUCCUAGUGCAUUGCAAGGAGCUGAAAACGUGUUUUCACGGGUGGUGCCCGGCCAAUUCAGUGAAUCAUCAAGCCUGUAAUCCCGUCUGGACGGAAUUUUGGUUUGGCUGAAAAAAAAAGAUGGGAACCUUGGUCGCCGAUGGUGGUAUUCAUCAUACAGAAUUGUUGUCUAUCGAGUCAUUGGUGAACGAGUUCUAUCAUCCGGGGACGUCCAAUUCGAGGAAACACACGAUCGAAGGUCAACUGCAGCAGUUUCAGCGAACGCCACAUGCAUGGGCUCUGUGUUUGCAGCAUCUUAUUCAGUUUAACAAUCAGUACUUCUGGUUUUUCAAUGUCUCGACCGUGGAAGUUACCAUCAGCCAAAGGUGGGUUUCGCUGGAUGAAACCCACCGUGCACAAAUCAGGGACUCACUGUGGGCAACCUAUGCAGGAUUCUCGCUGGAUAUCCCUGGCAUGCAGAGGGAUAAGGUUGCUCAAUUAAUUGCACUGAUUGGAAAACGACAGUUUCCAGAGGAGCACCCGGAUUACAUGAAUCAAGUAAUGGAGCUACUGAAGACCAAAUUUAUCCUAGGGGUAACUCUGCUGCGAUCGACUUCCGAUGAAAUCACCAGUACAAAAGCGGACAUCACAAGUGAACGACAGAAAUAUCUGUCCUAUUGCGUUUCAAUGUACCUCCCAUCGGUGUUCGAAGUCCUCGAGAAGUACGCCGAACUGUGCAUCACACGAACUAGUGGUAAGAAUGGAAUAAAUCUGGCGCAUCUGCCGACCCCUUUUGGAGAUGAUUCGCGGGUGAAGCAAGCGGCCAUGGAUCUGCUAUUGUGUGUGCAGCAGAUUUUCUCCUGGGCCCCAUUAGAUAACAUAACGGAACCGGGAUUUUUCCAAAGUCUGUUCAUACUGGCUCGUUGGAAUGAACCGUUCAACGAUGUUUCGAUUUCGGCAUUGACAACUAUUUCGGAACUGUUUUACCGGCAAAAGCCGCUGCCGCUGCCAACGGUCAUUGCGACCGGGGUGAUUGAUCUCGUGCAGCAGCCAACGCUUAAGCUGUCCCACGAGCUGUAUCAGGACAAGCUUACUGAGCUGCUGCGACUGUUUACCUCGCAACAGUGGCCAAAGUGGAGCAAGGAUCCCCACUUUCCGGCCGUGUCCUAUCUGAACUCGCUUUUCCAGUACACGUUCUUCGGCUACGGGGCGUUGGCGUUUACCGAGCGGUUAAUUAUCUGGACGCCGAUUGUACAGAGUUUUGCCGCCAUGGCGGAGCAAGGAGCGGUGAAUAAACACAGCGAUAAGCUACUAUCGCUGGCAUCCGGGACCAUGAAACGCAUGUUGUUUCAGUACGACUUUGAUCAGCAGUUGGAUAUGCUGGACAACGAGGAGCUGGAUGAGGAAAACGAAACCGAGCUGCAGCAUUUCUUCAACCAGUGCAUCGACACGAUCGCCCUCAUCGCGGAAAUCGAACCCAUCCGAGUGUACGAUAUGGCGCUCUCCGAGUUUGCCUCCGACGCAAACGGUCCGUACGGCCAGGUCCUGUCCACGGUUGGCGGUAUGCUGCUGAACGGUUCCAGCUACAUUGCCUCACGGCCGGCCCUCGCACUGCUCGACGAAGACAGCCGAUCGGCGUUGCGCUGCAAGUUCCGUGAUUUCAUUUCGCUGUGCCAAAUCAUUGCCCGGGUUAGCCCGUUGCUGCACGAUCGCUCGGAGAAAAUAAGCGCUUCGCUGGGUCGAUUGAUCGACGAUCUUGUCAAGCUGGUGGAGAUGGUGUCGAGUGCUUCGGGCGAUCCUCUGGAGUACUUCUUCGCAAACAUGCAUGCUUUGGCACCGGAGCUGGUUGACGUGAUCGGACAGACGUUGAUCACGUUGCGCAGUCUGUUGGUCGUCACGCACAUUCCAUUUGGAGAAUCCGAAAUGAUGCAUUUCGUGGGUUGCAUUCCGCGGUUUUUGUCGCCCCCGCAGAAGAUUAAACGAGACCAGCUGAAGACGUUGACCAGUGCGGCGGCGCAGUUAAUUCUUAGUAUCAGUGCCAACUUACGACCGAAGUACCUCGUCCAGUUGAUAAAGCCAUUGGUGCACAGCGAUCUGAGGCAUUUGGAACGUUCUACGGUGCUCACUGUGCGGCUAGCGAUUUGUAAUUGCUUCGUACUGCCGUGGGCGGGGUGUUCUACGGCGGAGCAGAACUUCGAGGGGCGCGCUGCACUUCUACAGGAAUAUAUUGCAUUUAUAGCCGGUGAUUUGAUUAGAAUAGACCUGGGCCAUACAUUUAGCAGUAGUAAUCCUUCGUUGGACUACGGACAGGAGGAGAAGAUAGUGUCGGUAGCCACAAUCGUACUUAGCACGUUGCGAAAUCUUCUGGAGUAUUAUCAGGAGCAGAGCAGUUCCGUUAAGCAGAUGCUAGCGGCCGCCUACAGACCUGUGAUAGAAAAAACACUCGCCAUCUACAGUGCAGCCAGCAGCAAGAACUGCUUGCUGAUAGAGAAAAUAUUUGAGUUCUGUCUCGGUAUUUUGAGAACGUUGCAGGUGCAGCUUGGUCAAGUAUUCUUGAAGAAUAUUAUCCUGCUGUUCUUGGGAAAGACCAAAACGGAACAAAUCGGUUCACAGCGUUUCCGUUCGCUGGACAUUCUGCUCAAAAUGUUCCUCCUUAUUGUAGAACAACCGGGUAAUGUGUCGUUACUGCCGGAUAUUUUGAACUUUUCCAUCGAGCACGUACUGCCAAUGGUGUUCUCCAGCGAACACACAGGCAAGAGCGAACAAAGUGGCCAUGCGGAUGUUAGUUUAUCGCUUUAUAAUCUGUUCAAUGGAAUACUGUUGCAACGGUGGCAGUAUUUCUACAAGUCGAGCGUACUGAAGCAGCUCACUCCCAGUUCGUCGGGUGUCAUCCAGCAACCGCAGUCGGCCCUCGAACAUCCGGAUCAGUUCGCAGCCAUCAUGAAUGCGUACGGUCAGGCGAUCGUAUGCGGAAACGAUCCGCACGUAACGCGUGCCACCUUGCAGUCGCUGGAGGCCUUAAACGAUCGGUGGAAGCUGUACCAGAAGGAGUUUUUCCGCGAGAAUCUGUUGCAAUCGUUCGAAGCUGCCAUAAUCAAGGCGCUGUUGGCGCCCGAGGGAAUACUGCACUACGAGCUGUUUCUGGGGGUGCUGUUUAGCAUGGGCCAGGUGGAUACGAAGCGACUGCACGAGACAUUCACCGGGAUCGGAUUUCCGGCAGAUUCACAGCAGCUCGAGGAGGUCUGCUUGGCUACGGACUAUCCAACCUUCGCUCACCGCAUGAACCAGCUGAUACAAGACACCAAAUGCUGCCAACUGAAUGGCUCAGCAUCUUAAUCCCGAAAUGCCAUCACCGUCGUUAGUAGUCGUCAUUGUCGUCGUCGUCGAAAUUCUCGUCAGCCAUUGUGGAACAGACUUUAAAUUUCCAUCUAUUAUUAACUCUCUAUCUCAUUCACAUCUCCCACAGAGACAAACAAAAAUCAAAUAGACCUCAAGAAAUUACAACCAGGUCGCUGAGAGAGGCAACCUCAAAUUGGGUGAGAAACGCGUGGGGCAGAACUGAAAUUCACGAAAAUUCCAUACUUUUUUUAGUAGUACUAAUAACGAUCGCAACUUAAGAAAAAUAAACAGAAAAAAAAGAACAAAACAAAAAUACAAUCGAGAGAUUAGAGUAAGAAGCGCUCGUCCCAGACACAAAAAGAUCUAUUGUAAUGAAAUUAUCAAAAUCGAGUAGCGUAGAUAAAAAAUCGUGAAAAAAUUGUGCGUGCUAAAACAUCUGUUUAAAAUCUUGCUCUUCUAAUUGUGUAUUUACAAACACAGUCGCAGUGAUUCGACUAACAAGUUGCGAAGCAAAAUCUAUCUAAAUAGAUGAACAUUUUUAUUUAAGUUUCUUUUAGGUUGAGAUAUCUGCUUUUGAAGAUCAGGUAAAACUUGCUCUAGAGAGUGUCUGAAAAUUUAUUGUAACUAGUACGGAAUGACAUACGCAGAGAAGUCGUAGUUUUCUCUUAUUAAAUUCAAGUAUCUAAGUCGUAAAUAUUUGAUAUCAUAUUAUAUCAGGAUUUUAUUUUAUAAUGAAGUUGUAACAUGUGAUAUUCAAAAAGAUUAGUUUUAUAAAAAUAAUACCAUCAAUCAAAAUA